AUGACCAACAACUGGGUUCUCAAAAGCCCUCGUAAGAUUACUUCCCAUGACUCUCUACCUCCGGAUACUUCCUCUUCAAAAAGACCAUGGUAUAACUGCUGUGGCUGGGGACGACGCAUGAACCUCAUAGUUUCUUUGAUUUUGAUGCUGUCCAUUGUAGGGGCAGUUGCCAUCGGUAGUAUUGAGAUAGCCCGGAUCAACCGGUACCCAGAUUAUGCAUCACUGAAUUACCAGUUAGUGGACGUCUAUGAGGGGAUCUCGUUCUUUGAGGGGUUCAACUACUUCACUGAAGAUGACCCAACUGGUGGUUUUGUUGUAUAUGUCAACAAGGAGACUGCCGAGGGUUUUAAUCUGACCUAUGCUACCGAGUUAUCGGCCGUCCUCCGCGUUGAUACAUUCACAAUCAAUGCUCCAAAGGGCCGCAACUCGGUACGCAUUGAGUCUAAAAAUACGUUCGAUUCGGGGCUUUUCAUCUUUGACAUUAUUCACAGUCCUUAUGGAUGCGGUACAUGGCCCGCUUUAUGGCUUACAGAUGGGUACAACUGGCCGAAUAAUGGCGAAAUUGAUAUUCUCGAAUCCAACAACCAGGCGUCUCAAGGUAAUGAAAUGACGUUGCAUACUACGCCAGGUUGUCAUAUGAAGGUCAAACGUAAGGAGACCGGAUCCCAAGCAUCUCAACAAUGUGACUCUAGUGUUACUGGAAUUGGCAAUGGGGGAUGCGGCGUCAUUGGAAACCCGUCUACAUACGGCAAACCUUUGAAUGAUGAUGGUGGCGGGAUCUAUGCCCUCGAGCUCCGAGAGGAAGGAAUUCGUAUUUGGUUUUUUCCUCGGCAUUCUAUUCCCACUGAUAUACACAAUGCAUCUCCAGAUCCUUCAACUUGGGGCACUGCGCUUGCUGACUUCCCUGGCACGGAGUGUGAUAUUUCUUCACAUUUUCGGAAUCAGAGUAUUAUUGCCAACAUUGAUCUUUGCGGUGAACUUGCAGGCCAAAAGCAGUAUUAUACAGAUUUAUAUAAUUGCCCAGGAAUCUGCGAGGAGUUUGUUGCGAGCAACCCCGCGCAGUUAGAAGAGGCAUAUUGGGAGUUUAAGAGUUUCAAAGUAUAUCAGGGGACUUGA